CGCACACAUGUGAAGGGUGAAGCUGUGUGAUGAUGAUGACAGGUGGAUGUAAAUACCAUGUGAUGGAUGUGCUGCAGGCUCCGCCCACACGGUCAGCCAGCAGCUGUCUCACUGUCCUCUCACUGAGCUAAGGGUUCUGACCGAUGGUGGACUGCUCUCCACGUCGGCUCGAGUCUCCACGUCUAAUCUCCAGGUUUUUAAUGUCGGGUGCAACAGCAGGAAGAGGACACGCGUUCCGUAGGUCUUCCUCAAGAAAGGCUCUAAUGGCUGAGGACGCCCCAAAGCAACUCGGGUUACUGCAAGUGUACCAUACACACAGCACUCAAGGAAAGAAACGCUUUGAAGAUUAUCACUGAAGCAGCCACACAUGCACUGCAAACACUCCGAAAUACACUUUAAUACUUUGAACACGUUGAUUAAAAGAAAAUAAGAUGCUACAGAAACACAAACCCACAGCUGCUCCAAGGGAAUCUCAGCUUUAAUCUCUACACAGCUGUUAGCCACACACACACACACACACACACACACACACCACACACACACACACACACACACACACACACACACACCACUCUAAUCUCCACUGGAGUCAUGGAUAAUGUGAGAUCAUUCACAGUGACACGAAACGUUAAUAUACAAGGCCCAUACAUGAACAUUUAGAGCAAUCUGCUGAAGUCUGAGUGAGACGCAGCUCUUCAUUGACCUUCUUCCAGUUUACUCUCACCUCAGCUGGAGCCCCGCUCUGCCCAAUGUCCCUCACUUAAAACAGCAGCCUUUGUCUUUCCAUUUAAUUCCAUCCUCAUCAUUUUCUUUGGUUGUUAUUGACUUUGAAUAAAGGAUAGAGAGAAAGUAAAUUCAUUAUAAUGAUAAAGUGAGGGCUUCCUAAUGAGCUCUGUGUGAGGGACAGGCCGACCUCUCUCCGUGUGGGGGGUGCAUCUGUUGUAUUUCUGUCUCUUUAUAUUUUGUGGAUGUGAAAUUCUCUCUCUCUGUGUUUUCAAUGAUAACUCAUGAGGGUUGCAAACUUUAUUCUUCAUAAAUGAUGAAUGGAGGACAUGGACACUUGAGACUUUAUAUAAGGGAAGAGUUUUCAGGUUGUCCACCCCCCCCUGCCCCCCCCCCCCGCCCCCCGCUUCCUCCCUGGUUAACAUUUAGUUUUACAUGAAAUGUGUUUUAGACAUGAGUUCAUCUACAUGUGGAGGUUGCUACAGAGUCACACCACCCACUUUCCCCGCUCACUGGGUGAUUGCAAAUGUGUGUAGGAGGCAGAGCGGUUCAGUGUGUGGAGCUGCACAGUGUGUGUGUGGAGCUGCACAGUGUGUGUGGAGCUGCACAGUGUGUGUGGAGCUGCACAGUGUGUGUGGAGCUGCACAGUGUGUGUGGAGCUGCACAGUGUAUGGAGCUGCACAGUGUGUGGAGCUGCACAGUGUGUGGAGCUGCACAGUGUGUGUGUGGAGCUGCACAGUGUGUGGAGCUGCACAGUGUGUGUGUGGAGCUGCACAGUGUGUGUGUGGAGCUGCACAGUGUGUGUGGAGCUGCACAGUGUAUGGAGCUGCACAGUGUGUGGAGCUGCACAGUGUGUGUGUGGAGCUGCACAGUGUGUGGAGCUGCACAGUGUGUGUGUGGAGCUGCACAAUGUGUGUGGAGCUGCACAGUGUGUGUGUGGAGCUGCACAGUGUGUGUGUGGAGCAGCCCAAGAAGAUGUUUCUCUCUAAUACUUAUAUCUACAUAACUACAGUAACACAUCAGAGGCACCUUACUUUAUAACCUCUGACUGGUCAGCAGUUACUGUUUGUAUCAAUAAGCAGUUAUUACCGGUUACUUAAAAUAAAACAAUCAGUAACAUGAUAUAAAAGGAAUGUAACCUGAUUACUUUCCAUUACUUUGGAUUACAUAAAUAUCAAAUGCAAACUAAAUCAAUACAACAGUAAAGAAAUAUCCAGUGUAUUAUGGAAUACAACAGAGCAAUGUGUCCUCUUAAAUUAAGGCAAGGACCCACAGAGUACUGUAGUUUACACAUUCUAUUAACACUUGAAUUAAAAGUAAACACCGUUUUUUGUUUAGUAAAUCAGGUGUCCAUCUACUGCAUAAAGCAGCCUGUAAAACCAUAGAAUGAAAACCAAAAUUCAAGACACAAUGUGUAUAUAUCUUUCUUUUCAAAUGUUAUGCACCAUUGUAAUCCUGUAUGUACCAGUAAUCUGAUUAAGUGUAAAUGAAUACAGCUAUCUGCUUUUUGUAUCCUGAUUAUGUAUUUCCGUAACAUGUAAUUCAUCACUCCCCCCAGACAGUAAGCGUAAAGUGAAGGAACCAGCUGACCACUGUGCCUCGCUCCUCUCUAGGUGAGGAAUGGGACUCAGUCUGACAGCGCCAUGUUUGGGGUAGGGCUAUGUUGGGAUGAUUGACAGGUGUCACAUCCAAUCACACUCAACCAAGGCAGUCUGAAUGGUUGUUGAUCUCAUCUCAGCUCCACCAAGGACUCCUCCCACAGGAGCAAACUGAGACCUUCCUGCUCCCAUGAAGAGCAGGCGGUAACCAUGGUGCCCAUCACAACCCUUUGCUGCGUCUAGCUGUUCUGCAGGCUGUGUUAACACCUUCCUGCUCUCUGGUGUCUCUCACACACACACACACACACACACACACACACACACACACACUUGUCUCACUGCGGGAUGAAAAAAACAAAACACACAGGCCCAUUGAGUAUUGCUGUUUCCAUAGCAACAGCGAUAGUGAUGGAGAGUCGGUUUUGUGGGGGUGGCGUCAGAGAGUGUGACUGAAGCUACUGUGUGUAACUGAGUGUGUGUGUGUGUGUGAAGAUAAAGAGAAGGAGCAUGGAGACGUGCUGUUGGCUUUAUUUACUCUCCAUCAUACACAUUCAUUCAUGCAUCAGCCAGCCAGCCCCCCCCCCCCUGCCCAGGUGGAGGAGAAUGACGCUGAAUAUCUCCUCUCAUUAUCAUUCCCCCACCCCCUCCAUCCGUCUCCCACCACAGCUGGAUAAACCAGCCCCUCACAGCUCCUCUCUCGCAGAGCAGGGAUUUCAAGAUUGCAUCCUCACGUUUGUAAUCAGAUGAAGGGACGGAUUAUCUCCAUCUUGUUCUCUGCCGGGGGCGCUGACACAAAGGAGGAGGAGCAGAGAGGAUCACAUGCAGCUCAGUGAAUGGAGUGUAGUCACAGAUAGAGAGGAGGUAGAGGUCACCUGUGGAUGUGAGCAGGGGGGAGGAGGACCUGCACCCAUCAGCCAACACACCGAGAGGAGAGAAGAGCUCAGCAGGGACGACUUGUGUGUAGGUUUUCCAUGGCAGAGGCCGGGCGCCCUAUGUCAGAGCUGAAGCCUGGACGGGAUGCUGUCACCCUCUCUGGUCAGCCUCUCUGUGACCCCUCCAGGACCCGGGCACAGCCGGCAGCAGCCUGCAGACUGGCUGAAGGAACCACUUGCCCCCCCCCACAGGGGCUCCAGCAGGAACAUUCAGGAAGUGACAACUUCGAUCUGAGGGUGAGGGGACAGGAAAAAAGCCAAUGUGAACACUUUGUGCCCUUUAAAACUUCAACCCCCCCCCCAUAGUCUGGCAGAGACAAACACCCCCCCACAUCCUGACAAGGCCAUGGUGACAGCAGUAAUGCCCCCCCUUCAAGCUGGAGGGACGGUGCAGGGCAUAGAGCCCACCUCCCUUCCUGUGCACAGGAUCCCCUCAGACACUACGUACAGACCUGAGGCCCCCCUGCCUCCGCUCACAGACACUUGUGGACUCUCUCACCAUGGGGGAGGGGGGGGUCAGGACAGCCCAUCCAUGCUCGCCUACAAGCAGCCCAUGCAGCUGCAGUGCAGCAUCCUCACCACCACCUGCCGGGGGUCCAGCAGCGGAGACACACUGCCUCACACCAGGUGUGUCUGUGUCUCCGACCCCCAGGCCACAGCCAGGAUGGUAGGUGUUGAAGAAAAACUCCCCCCUAAAAGUGAGCCGCCUCUGUGCUGCGGCUCCUACAGGCACCAUGUGACCUUUGAGGACACGUUUGCAGCAUACUGCCAUCCCCAGCCCAUACCCACACACCCCCAGCUGCUGCAUCGGUUGGCAGGCGGAGAGCCAAACCAUGACAUCCAGCGUGCAGGGCACCCCCCCUCAGUGAACAACCACCUCACACUUCCCCGUCUCGUCUCCUCCGUCAGUGAGACGGGUCUGGACGGCAAGCACCUGCUGCACUGCCGCAGCCUUGGCUGCUCCUACAGCCUGCUGCCCCCCGCUGCACCCCCAACUCACAGGCACUUUGGUGGAGAGGAAUGCUGCAGCCAUGUCAGAACCAUAACCCGGGACAUGGGGACCAUGACCACCCACAAACAGCUGAGGGAUGUGGGGGUGCAGACGGCGCAGACUGCGACCCCCCAUGUCUUCCCAGAGAUUUGUCUGGUGGAGGAGAGCAGGAGACAGACUCACACUGACAGUGUUGGAGGCAGGAAGGAGGGUGGUGAUGCCAAGUCCCCGGUGAAGGAGGUGAUGUGGGAUGCUGAAGGAAUGACCUGGGAGGUGUACGGGGCCUCAGUGGACCCCGAGGAGCUGGGCCUGGCUAUCCAGAAGCACCUGGAGCUGCAGAUCAAGGAGACAGCCAGCCAUGCAGCCAAGCUGAGCCACCAGAACACCAGUGGCCCUCAGCAGGAGGGGGGCAGCAGUCAGAGGAAGAGGAGCAGGAUGAUGGGCUCCAUCCGGGCCCCGGCCUGCUGCACCACAGCUGUGGACUGAUGGGGGGGGCCUCAGCCUGGAACUACUGUACCUUAAACGCAGGAAGAAUAAUCUGCUGCUUAUGAAAUGUGAUCAGUUAUCAUAUGACUAUUGUUGAACUCACAGCAGCGUUAUGAACUUCACAGAAAACGUAAGGGAGUGUAUGCUUGGUAGAUCAUUGCCUGUUUUCUUCCCUUUCAAAUGGGGCCCUGUUUGUGAGGAACAUGCAUUUGUGGGAGGAGCAGCAGAGCUGAGUAUGUGGGUUGCACCCAUGAAAAAUGGGACAAAUCUCCUCUUCCAAACAGCUUGUUCUGCUGUUGACUCUUUUGGUGUUGUUUGGUGGAUUGGAUGAUUGAAGUCUGAUGAAACCAGACAUAUUGGCAACUAUUUAUUUUUUAAACAAUGUAUUCAUUUAACAAGCAGCCUGAGUAACGUGUGGAAGAACCAUACACAGCCACAACCUCCUCUGCUGGUCUGCAGCCCGAUCACUGCUGUGGGACGCCACCCCAUUCUUCAACCAGUAUUUGUCCCAAGUCAGCCAAGCGUGGUUGUGUUGGUCACUCUGGCACGGACAACAUGCCCCAGCUGAUCCCACAAGUGUUCAAUGGGGGGGAGGUGAGGAUUGCAGGGCCAUUCCCUCCUCUCCACUCCCAAAUUCUGGAAGAAGUCUGUGAUAAUCCUCGCUCUGUGGGGGCAAGCGUUGUCAUCUUGGAGGAUGGAGUUUGGUCCCAGACUGUUGAGAUAUGGGAUUGCCACUGGUUGCAGCAUUUCAUCUCAAUUAUCUCUCUGAUUGCCUCCAAUGAUGAGAAGCCUGGUUUUUCCAGUGAGGGAGAUGCCGCCCCACACCUUCACACUGCCCCCACCACAACAUGUUUCUCUAUCGGAGCAGGCAUCAGCAGAGCGUUCUCCGUGUCUCCUCCACACCCUGACCCUAUGAUCCAGAACCUGAACUCAUCGCUGACUAAUGUUCCUCCACAUGUUGACGUUCCAGUGCAGCUGUUGCACAAACGGGCUUGACGGUGGAGGGCAGUCUCCUACUGGCAGCCGUACGAGACCGGUGAUUGGCUGCUGUUUGGCAGAGGAGAUUUGGCACAUUUUUCAUAGGUGCAACCCACACACUCUCUCAGCUCUGCUGCUCCUCCCACAAAUGCAUGUUCCUCACAAAUGUGGCACCAUCUGAACAGGAAAUAAACAGGCUUUCCAACGUUGUAAGAUUUAAUGCCAAGAAGCAUUGUAACAUCAAAGAAAGAAUCAAACACACGUUUCCUUACUUUUUGUGUUGACUUAAUUUCAUUUAUUCUAUCUGUUAUAUUUCAACUAUUGGAUUCAUGACCCCUGCGCCCCUGCCAGUGUCAUCAGUGACUGUGUCCUCAUAAUAAACCACCCUUACCCUCUUUCAGUCACCCCCCUAUGAAAGCCGAGGAGCAGGCCCUCAGUGACUUUAGUGGCACAUUGUCGGCACAGUUUCAACCUCAGGAAUAAAACCUUAAGCCCCCCCCUCUUUUGCCCUGAGCAGGACUUUGCUGUGACAACAUUACACAAUAUCCAUAUCUGUACAAUGCCACAGACGGAACAAUCGUCUGAACUACGAUUAACUACUGACUUCACCCUCACGGCGUCGUACUAAAUGAAAGCGUCUGUUAUUGAAGAUUGUGACAAUUCCACUCCCACUUUGUGUUGAUUUUUGGAUUGUGAUGUUCAUUAAAUGACUUUCAUUUC